AUGAAGCCCUCCCUUCUCCUCCCCUUCACUCUCUUCGGAGUCGCUCUCGCUCUCCCGCCCGCCGACCGCUCUCUGUCAUUCACCAACCUCGAAGCGCGCGGCUACCCCUCCCGCUGCCCCUCAGGCCAGACGGCCAAGUCCAAGGGCGUCUCCCCGGACCUGAACGGGUGCUCGGGCGUGCCAGACGGCAAGUUCAAAGGCUGCUGCAACCAGCACGACAUCUGCUACUCGACGUGCAGCCGCACGAAGCGCGACUGCGACGACUCGUUCUACGCGUGCAUGAAGAAUGUGUGCAACACUGAGUACGACAAGUGGUACGAGGCACCUGUCAAGGCCACGUGUCUCGCCGGCGCGGCGACUUACCACACCGGCGUCGCAGUCGGGGGCGACUCGGCGUUCAUGAAGAGGACCGCGAAGCACUGUACCUGCUCCUAG